AUGAUGCAAGCUCUACAGCCAGACAAACCAAUCACUAGAGAUGCAUACAACAAAUCUUACCACAGUUCCAAAAAUGAAGUCUCGGUGGACUCCUUUGGGAUGAUGCAAGGCAUGCAAGGGGAAAUUUCAGUAGACGGAUUCAUCAAUGCACAUCAACAUGAAUGGAAACCAGAGGCACCCAAGAGAGAUAUCAUCACAAAUCAAGUAAAUGCCGACUCGGUCAUCGGACAACAACCAAGGACACUCGAUAAAUGGAGGACACAUGCUGCAUCCGAGUCAAAGGGUAUCAGUGUCCUGGAAGCACCCGUUGGAUCCGAAAUUAACGUCGAUUCCGUCAUUCGUAUUGAACGCGAAAGACCACCCCCACGGCCACAACCGCAACAGUCACAAACUCCCAUGCAAAACAUUACCGAAGAACCCACGGCACCACCAAAACCAUUCGGACCGCCCAGUACGCUAGACGAAGAAAUAAACAUUGAUUCGAUCAUUCGAAUCAACCAGGAACAACGCAAAAACCAAGAAGCUCGAAUUGCCAAACUUCAUCAGCAGCAGUCACAACGAGAACAGGUUAGUGCGCUACAGCAGUGGCAGCAAAAAGUCAAGGCGGCUGAAGAGUACUCUGUCGCGUCACAGCAUCAUCAAUCUGCCGAAUUGGGCCAGGUGACGCCGGUAUGGGAUGGUGACAACAGCAACAGCAGCAUCAACAACAGUCCUGGAAAGAAGAAAAAGAAAGGAAUCUUUGGAAAAUUGUUUGGAGGAAAGGGACGUUCCAGUGCCGCCGUGAGUUAG